AUGGCACCAGGAACUAUGAAGUCCCCCAUGUGUCUGGUCGAAAAUAAGAACAAGCAGCUGAUGGUGAAUCCAGAAGCCAUCUGUAUUCUUAACAAUAUUUCUCAGCCUGUGGUUGUGGUGGCCAUUGUAGGGAUGUACCGCACAGGAAAAUCCUACCUGAUGAACUGCCUGGCUGGUCAGAACAAAGGCUUCCCUCUGGGAUGCACAGUUCAGUCUGAAACCAAGGGCAUCUGGAUGUGGUGUAUGCCUCACCCAACAAAGUCAAGUCACACCCUGAUCCUUCUAGACACUGAGGGUCUUGGGGAUGUAGAAAAGGGUGACCCUAGGAAUGAUGACUGGAUCUUCGCCCUGGCUGUGCUUCUGAGCAGCACUUUAGUCUAUAACAGCAUGAGCACCAUCAACAACGAUGCCCUGGAGAAGCUGCAGUAUCCUUCAAAGAUCCAAUGUCCUAUUUUCUACUGA